CUGGAACUUCAUUCAAAGCUCAAACCUUGCUUUCGGUGCUUCUUCUUCUUUUUCACUGUACGAGAGGACAAAGAAGAAGAAGAAGAAAAUGGAUGUUGGAGUGAAAGUCGACAAUACUGAACUCACCAAAAUUCGCCUUGUGAGACGCUUCGUUGAGUCUCAGGAUCCCUCUUCUAAGGAAGAAGAUGACCUGACGAUUAGAAGAUUCCUGCGCGCUCGUGAUUUAGAUGUGGAGAAAGCUUCAGCAAUGUUCCUCAAGUACUUGAAAUGGAGACGUUCCUUUGUUCCAAAUGGUUCUAUCUCUCUGUCUCAGAUUCCUAAUGAACUUGCACAUGACAAGGCCUUCACCCAAGGACGUGAUAAGCAAGGUCGACCUAUAUUUGUUGUCUUCGGUCGAAAUCAUUUUCAAAACAAACAUGGUCUAGAUGAAUUCAAACGAUACGUGGUCUAUCUUCUUGAUAAACUAUGUGCAAGCAUGCCACCUGGGCAAGAAAAGUUUCUUGGCAUAGCAGAACUUAAGGGAUGGGGAUACUCAAACAGUGAUGUACGCGGGUACAUCAGUGCUCUGUCCAUUUUGCAGGACUACUAUCCUGAAAGGUUGGGGAAGUUUUUUAUUGUCCAUGCACCUUACAUAUUUAUGAAAAUUUGGCAGAUCAUUUACCCUUUCAUUGACAAUAAAACCAAGAAGAAGAUAGUGUUUGUGGAUAACAAUAAGGUGAAAUCAACACUGCUAGAAGAUAUAGAUGAAAGUCAGCUCCCAGAGAUUUACGGUGGCAAACUGCCAUUAGUAUCGGUCCAGGAUAGCAAUUAGCAACUAAUUAAAAUCACUGGCGAAAUACAGAGUAACCAUCAUAAAAAUAAAUAAAAUUUCUGUUUAGUUAAUUACCGUUAGUGUUUGUUUUCCAGUUUCUUUGUACUCCAAUAAUUGACAUUGUUGUUGUUGUUGUUGUAUUAGCUAGGUAUCAUGAAUAAAAAUAUUUCUAGUUUUAUGA